AUGAAAAACAUCCAUCCGGCGGACGAAAAUUCGUUUUUGGAAGCUCUAAUUUGUACAAAACUGAGAGGAAAAGCACGCAAAGAUUUCCGCACGCGCAGUAUUCGUAACUUCGCUCAAUUCAAGGGCGAAAUGGAAACCAAAAAUUUCAUAGAAGGAAACCGUGUGCUCAAAGCAGAACACAUUAUAAAAAUUGGAAAAAAUGCUGAAAAUGUGAGAGGUGAUUGUGUCAACUUGACAGCUUUAUGUUUGCAAACAUCCCAUUUGAAGCAAUCUCCACAUGAAAUUACCGGUAAAGUCCGGAGAAAUCGUGAAGUUGUGUCGAUGAAAUGUUCAUGUAAAGCUGGUCUCGGAGAAAAGUGCAAACAUAUAAUAGCUGCUCUCCUUUACUGUUCAAGAUAUGAUUUUGAAAAUUUCGAAACGCUAUCGUGUACUGACCAACCAUGCAAAUGGAAAAAAGUUCUACAUGAGCAAGCAUUGACACAAUACGUAUCAGCACCUUUGAAAGAACACGACUGUCUUCUUCUCCAAGCCAGGAUCUUAGAAAGACUUCCGGAUUCUGCUUUCACUAAAAGAACAAAUGGAAGACAUAGUCCUGUUACCUUUGAAGGUGAUGAGAAAAAAGAGGUGACCAGUGCAGAAAGGAAGGCAAUUGAAAUCAUCUUCAAAUAUCAAGACAGCGACACCAUGAAAAAAAUUCGCGGCUUAAAUACCAAUAAGCUGCAACCAUGCUGCAUUAAAACACUGGAGACAUUAGUCGAUGAUUUUAUAAAAAUAUGUGUGGACACAAAACUGUUUUAUGCGGAUUGGCACAAGGAGCGAAGAUUUCGAGUAACAGGCUCAACUUGUUAUGGUCUUUAUACGUACACAAAGAAUAAAAAUCCCAACUGGAAGAAAAAGUGUGGUGACCAUUUUACCCCGAAAAGCUUCAAAAGUGAAUUCACAGAAUAUAGGAAAAUGAUGGAGAACCAAGCUCGGAAUACAUUUAAAAAUAUCACCAAAAAACAAGUAUUUGAAAUUGGUUUAAUUGUCUCGAAAUUGAAUCCCUGGCUUGCUUAUUCGCCUAAUGCUAUAAUUUUCAAAGACAAAAAGCCGUCCGAAUUAUUAGAAAUUAAAUGCCCAUUCAAGGGUAAAACUAUGAUCAUUUUGGAUGUAGUCGAGACCGAAGUAGGUAAAAGUUUGAUGAAAAAAUUCGGAAAGAUACAGCUAAAAAAGAAACACAGAUACUAUGGACAAGUGCAGUUAAGGAUGGCUGUCGUAAAUGUGAAAAAAACUUCUUUUGUAAUGUAUGCCAGUUUUGAUAGAAGUAUAUUUAUCUUAGAUAUCGAGUUUAACCAAAGUUUUGUAACAGAGAUGUUGACAGCAAUUAAGAACAUGUACUAUAGUGUUAUGUUGCUUGAAAUAUGUUUAUUAAAAAAUAUAGAAAAUAUAGAAAAUAUAAGGCACAACAGCUAAAAAAAUUAACAAACUAAUCCGUCCUCUAUUGCCAUAAAACAAAGACCAAAGUCAAUAUUUUUACGGGAUGAAUUCUUUGUUCUUACGUGCUAAUAGACACACGUGAAU